CGGCCAAGGACCUUGCCAAUUGCAGCCAGGAAGCUAGUUGAAGUUCAUUUUGGGCAACUUCGCCUGUAUCGCAAUUGCGUGGGAAGUGGUUACUUUUUUUCCUGUAUCACUGUAGUACCUGUUUUUCCUGUCAAGUAUGGCUGCCCUCUGCCGCCUUGGCUUUAUGGACUUUGGCGCCUGUCGUCUACACACAAGCAGCCGUGCCUCUGCCAAACAACAUUACAAAAUGUUGGUACUCGGAGGAGGAAGCGGGGGAAUAGCAAUGGGCGCACGCAUGAAAAGGAUGCUUGGUGCUGAGAAUGUGGCUGUUGUGGAGCCCAGCGAGAUGCACUACUAUCAGCCUCUGUGGACUCUGGUGGGUGCUGGUGCUAAAACUGUCGCUUCAUCAGGAAGGCCCACAUCAAGUAUCAUGCCAUCGGGUGUGAAAUGGGUGAAAUCUAAAGUUCAGGAAAUAAACCCCGAGACAAACACUGUCCGCACCGAAGACGGGACCGAAAUCUCCUACGAGUAUCUGAUUGUGGCACUCGGCCUGCAGCUCCAUUUUGAAAAGAUCAAAGGGCUGCCUGAGGGAUUUGAACAUCCAAAGAUUGGAUCCAACUACUCGGUGCAAACCGUGGAGAAAACAUGGGCAGCGCUGCAGAACUUUGCAGAGGGCAACGCUGUGUUCUCAUUCCCAAACACGCCAGUUAAAUGUGCUGGAGCGCCACAGAAGAUAAUGUACCUCGCAGACGCUUUCCUGAGAAAGACAGGCAAGAGGGCAAAGGCCAAUAUCAUUUACAACACAUCGCUGCCAGUGCUGUUUGGCGUCAAGAAAUAUGCUGACUCACUCUGGGACAUCGUGAAGGAACGUGACCUCAAUGUGAACCUGAGGCAGAACCUGAUUGAAGUGCGGGCAGACAAGCAAGAAGCUGUGUUUGAACAUCUUGAUAAACCGGCGGAGACCACAGUGUUUGAGUACGACAUGCUUCAUGUGACUCCACCAAUGGGACCCAACUCGGUGAUUAAAGGCAGCUCGCUAGCAGACGAGGCUGGCUGGCUGGAUGUGGACAAAGACAACCUUCAACAUAAGAAGUACCCCAAUGUGUUUGGGAUCGGGGACUGUACAAACCUGCCCACUGCCAAGACGGCUGCUGCUGUUGCUGCACAGUCUGCUGUUCUACACAGAAGCAUCAAAAAGAUACUGAAAAAUGAGAAACCCGAUAAAAAGUAUGAUGGCUACACUUCAUGUCCGUUGGUUACCAGCUACAACACAGUCGUCCUAGCAGAGUUUGACUACAAUGGCCAGCCUCUGGAAACGUUCCCCAUUAACCAAGCCAAGGAAAGGAGACUCAUGUACCACAUGAAAGCUGGCGUGAUGCCUCACCUUUACUGGCACGGACUCCUCAAGGGCUUAUGGGGCGGACCAGAACCCUACAGGAAACUACUGCAUCUUGGAAUGAAAUGAAUGAAAAGUCACUUGGCUGAGCAGACUGAGAAUACAUCGCAGUCGGACGCUGAAGGCUGGGUUACUUUUUACCCCGUGCGGCGUCUGCUCCCAAACUGCAGGGAGCAGUGUAUGGAAAACGGGCGGAAAUAGAGCGUCUACUGACUUGGAUGCGGAGGCGUAGAGUGGGUUGUGCCACUAUAUGGUCAUUGGAUAAAUUCUGUGCUUUGUCCCGCCCAUUGGCCUAUGGGCCAGUGAGCUGGCCCGAGACGCUCGGCUUCUGCACGAUGACUGGAUUAUCUGUUUGAGGCGGAAUCCCUUUUUGAUUGACAGUGAAGUGAGCGAAUCAGCGAUUGUUACGUUUAACCCUCCACCGGAACAUUUUCCAAAUUUUUCAUUCCGUUGUUAUGAACGGAGACUUUGAAUAAAGUCUCAAAGCCCAGCGACUUUGUCUUUGUUAAAGAAUGACUAGCGUUGUGUUUGGCGACUCUCUUUGUCACUCUGCGGUUUCUUCCAACAGGCAGCGUCAGCUGUGGAGCUUCUUUCCGGUCACUUACACUCACAGCCAGUAGCCUCGCUCAGCAGCUCCAGCUGCUAGCAAGCUGCACCAUCAUGGCAGAUACUGAAAUUUACGUAUACAGAAACAUUUAUGAUGUAGGCCGGAAAAAAAUUGCUUCCCCCCGCCACUGGUUUUAUGAACAUGUCUUUUUAGAAACAUGGAGUGCCGACCUAAAGAAAGAUUAGACUCCCGUCUUUCACCAGGAAAAACAUUUUCUACCGUUUUUCGUUCUUUAAUAAUCAGCAGUAGAACAUUGCUAAGUUUCAGCAAUGUAUUAGUUCCCAACCAAUUAUGGGAGGAAAAACAGCGUUUUGUGAACCACCACUGCUGGUUAGCAUAUGUGCACCCCUCAGAUAAGAGUAUACUGUAUGUUUUUUUGUUGUGUUGUUGUUUUUAAGGUUAUGAUGAUAUCUGUUCUUGCACAUGCUGCCUAUGAAUGCGACUAAAGUGAAUCUUAAAUAUGCACUAUUACUUGCUAUGAGUAGCUGAUUUUAAGUGGAACGACACGUGUGCCUAUUAUUCUACCGCAAUGCUUGUCAAACAUGUACGACAAGUAGCGUCUUGAAAAUAUUUUGCAAGUACAAUAAUCCCUCGUUUAUCGCGGUUAAUUGGUUCCAGGUCCGACCGUGAAUUUCCGCAACGUAGGACUUCUUAUUUAGAAAUGUAAUAUUUUUGUAGUUGGAGCAUAGAAAACAUGCUUACAACCUUCUAAAUAUUGUCCUUAAGAUUAUUAGAGCCCUCUAGACAUGAAAUAACACCCCUAUAGUCGCCUUCAAAUGUGUAUUAUCCAAUGUAGUAGACACAAUAAGAGAAAAUAAGACAUAAAUAAGGCUUGUCUGUAUUGCUGUAAAUGAGCUCCAGUGCUAAGGGAGCUGAGGAGGGGUUGGGGGUGGUGAGAGGAUGUGACGUCAGCCGUUCAGAGUUCAGUUUUAGCUUGGCCCGUGUGAGGGAUUAUGGUGCCUGUUGUGACAUAAAUCAAAGAUGCAAUAAAAGCCUGUUGC